GAGCCAUCCGACGCCUUGUGCACCAAAAACAACCCGCUACACGUCAGGCCUGAACAGGUAAGCACAGUCAAUGCCUUAGCAGUACCUGAUGGAACCUGCUUGGAAGCACCCAGCAGUACCUCGCCAUGCCCCGGAAUCCCGUUGCGACACGAGGUACCCCGCCUAGCCUACCCGGUGUACCUCUUGACUUUGCAACAGCAAGGCCAGCCCAGCCCAGCCCAGCGAGCGCACACGCAGUCCGAAAUACGCACCUCAGUACCUACGCAGCCUGGUACAUACCUUGACGCAGCGACGCCCACACCCGCACACACGCACGCACACAUCCACUCCCAGUACCUUACGCCCACACACGCCGUACCGCCGUCGCCGUGGCAUGCCCCGCCAUUUCGAGGCAACACAGUCGACCCGCCCAAAAUUUUGUCUUCACCACCCGCACCGCUUUCCUUCCUCUCAAUUCCUAUCCCGCCUUCGCCUCGACAUCACCCCGUCAAUUCACCCAAGAUGGACACCACGGCGAUUCGAGGCCUGCUCGCGGCCAGUUUGGACCCCGAUGCCGACACGAGACGGCGGGCUGAGAUUCAGCUGAAGCAGAUCGAAGAGCACCCGGGGUUUAUGGACGUUCUCCUCGAGGUCCUUCAGAACGAGCAAGACAACAGUGUGCGACUAUCAACCGUUAUCUAUAUCAAGAACCGCGUAAAUCGCGGAUGGGAAAAGUCGGACCACAACCCGAAUGACACACAAAUCGCCGAAGAUGAGAAGGCGCGCUUCCGCGACCGUCUGUUGCCCAUCAUGGCCGCCUCUCAGGGGCUGGUCCGGCAACAGUUGAUCCCCGUCCUCCAGCGUAUUCUGCAUUUCGAUUUCCCCGAGAAGUGGCCCAACUUCAUGGACUACACUAUGCAGCUCCUGAACACGAACGAUGCCGCCUCCGUUUUGGCUGGUCUUCAAUGUCUUCUCGCCAUCUGCCGCGCCUACCGAUUCAAGUCUUCGGACGGCGAUAACAGAGUCCAUUUCGACAAGAUUAUCGAGGCCAGCUUCCCCAGACUCUUGGCCAUCUGCAACGAGCUCAUCGCGCAAGAGAGCGAUGAAGCUGGCGAGAUGCUUCACUUGGCCCUCAAGGCUUACAAGCACGCAACCUGGCUCGAACUCUCUGCUUUCCUUCGCGCCCAGCAAACCAACUUUGGCUGGUGCACUGUUUUCCUCCAGACCGUUUCAAAGGCUAUUCCUGCCAGCGCCAUGGCCGACGAUUCAUACGAGCGUGAAAAACACCACUGGUGGAAGGCUAAGAAGUGGGCGUACUUCAACUUGAACAGACUGUUCAUCAGACACGGCAACCCCCAAUCCGUCACCAACACGAAGGACGAGGACGCUGUUCGUUUUGCCAAGGAGUUCUCCGCCACGAUUGCGCCCGAGAUUCUUAAGCACUACUUGGCCGAGAUCGAGAAAUGGGUUGCAAAGACGGCUUGGCUCAGCAGACCCUGCCUGUCAUACACUUUGGUUUUCCUCGACGAGUCGGUACGCCCCAAGGAGAUGUGGAACCACCUGAAGCCUCACCUGCAGAACCUGGUGAUGCACUUCGUGUUCCCCGUCCUUUGCCUGUCCGAGGAGGAUAUCGAGAAGUUCGAGGACGAGCCCGAUGAAUAUCUUCACAGAAAGCUCAAUUUCUACGAAGAGGCCUCGGCCCCCGAUGUUGCGGCUACCAACUUCCUCGUCGGCCUGACGAAGAACCGAAGAAAGCAGACCUUUGAGAUCCUCAAGUUUGUCAACGCCGUGGUCAACGAGUACGAGCAGGCGCCGGAGGACAAGAAGAACCACAUCGCCAAGGAGGGUGCCCUGAGAAUGAUUGGCACGUUGGCGCCGGUCAUCCUGGGCAAGAAGAGCCCCAUCGCCGACCAAGUCGAGUACUUCCUCGUCCGCUACGUUUUCCCCGAAUUCACGAGCCAACAGGGAUACCUGCGCGCGCGGGCUUGCGACACGAUCGAGAAGUUCGAGCAGCUCAACUUCCAAGACCAGAACAACCUCCUUACUAUAUACCGCCACAUCCUCGACUGUAUGGCAGACGUCGCGCUGCCCGUGCGUGUCACUGCCGCGCUUGCCCUGCAGCCUCUCAUCAGACACGACAUCAUUCGUACCAGCAUGCAGCAGAGCAUCCCUACCAUUAUGCAGCAGCUGCUUAAGCUCGCCAACGAGGCCGAUAUCGAUGCCCUUGCCAACGUCAUGGAGGAUUUCGUUGAGGUCUUUGCCACUGAGCUGACACCAUUUGCCGUUGCCCUUAGCGAGCAGCUGAGAGAUACCUACCUCCGCAUCGUCCGUGAGGUUCUGGACAAGAACAAGGACAAUGGUGAGGAUGAGUUUGGCGACUACCUUGACGAGAAGAGCAUCACUGCCCUCGGCGUUCUUCAGACCAUUGGCACUCUCAUUCUCACCCUCGAGAGCACUCCCGAUGUUCUGCUCCACAUCGAGGCCGUCCUCAUGCCUGUCAUCCAAGUUACUCUGGAGAACAAGCUGUACGACCUGUACAACGAAGUCUUUGAGAUCAUUGACAGCUGCACAUUUGCUGCCAAGGGCAUCUCCCCCACCAUGUGGCAGGCCUUCGAGCUCAUCCACGCCACUUUCAAGGCUGGCGCCGAGCUUUACCUGGAGGAUAUGCUGCCCGCCCUGGACAACUUUGUCCAGUACGGAGCUGGCCAGCUGGUGCAGAAGCCCGAGUACAUUGAGGCUCUCUUCUCCAUGAUUUCCGAUAUGUUCAACGAUAACAAGGUUGGAGGCGUCGACAGAAUCUGUGCUUGCAAGUUGGCUGAGGCUAUGAUGCUGAACCUUCGCGGCAACAUCGACAACUACGUUUUGCGUUUCAUCGAGUUCGCCAUGACUGUCCUCACUGCUCAGGAUGUCAAGGUCAAGGCUUACAAGAUCCACCUCAUGGAGCUGGUCAUCAACUCCAUUCACUACAACCCUAUCCUCACUCUCCACAUCCUCGAGACCAAGGGCUGGACCAACCGAUUCUUCAGCUUGUGGUUCGGCAGCAUGUCCAACUUCACCCGGGUGCACGACAAGAAGCUGUGCAUCGUCGCGAUUGCGGCUCUGCUCAGCCUCAAGGCGGACCAGGUCCCUCAGAGCAUUGCCGUUGGAUGGCCUCGCUUGCUGCAGGGCGUCACCGAGCUGUUCAAGACGCUGCCUGCCGCUAUGAAGAACCGCGAGGAGGCACUCCGUGACGACUACCACCUCGACGCCGGCACCUAUGACUAUGGCGAAGAGGAUGAGUGGGCUGAGGACGAGGCUAACUGGAACGUCGAGGACGAGCCUGAGGAGGAGGAGACCAAUGAAGGCCGCGAUGAGAGCACCGCGUACCUUGAGUUCUUGAACGAGGAGGCUCAAAAGUUCAGCCGUGGCGUUGAUGACAUUGAGUCUGAGGACGACCUUGGAGAAGACAGCGUUUUGCUCGAGUCUCCCCUGGACAAGGUGGACCCCUACCAACUUUUCAGUGCGACUUUGAUGAAGAUGGAGGAGGAGCAACCUCAAUUCUACCAGUCCCUUGCGUCACAUCUCACCGCCGAGGACCAAGCCGCCCUGCAGGGCGUCAUGCAAAAGGCAACCGAGAAUGCCCAGGCUGCCCAACUGGCUCUUGCUCAGCAACAAGGUGCCGCCCCUGUCAACGGUGGUGCUAGCUAA